UUCUUUUUGAAAGAUCUCGGAAAUGCUGUUCGGACGCAAGAGCAGACAGCUGACCAAUUAUGAGCUGCGUUGGCGAGCCGAAUCAGCGAAGCGUGCGCGUUUAACCACGAAGGAACCAUGUCAGAGAUAGAGUGAGAGAGAGUGAGAGAAAGACGAGAGAGAGAGAGAGAGAGAGAGAGAGAGAAAGACGAGAGAGUGUUCAGUUAAUUAUCGUUCGGCGUGUGGUGUUCUCAGCGAUUAUCAUACGAAUCGGGAGUUAGAGCGAACGCAGUGUGCCGCAACGCACGGUUCGGUUUUCGACCUGACGUUGCACUUGCAUUGCGUUAACCUGCUCGUCAGACAGUACGUAUCGCCCGUUCCGCUAGAGCAUCAUCACCACCGGGGAAACGGCCAGUUUACGUCUCGUAAGCCGAUCUGCCGCGCCGUCAGCGUGCCUCGCCUCUUAUAUGGCCAUGCUGUCGUGUGUAACAGCGUUCUCGUUGAUGACGGCCUUCGCGAACGGCGAGAGCAUCCUGAUGACCGAGGUGUUCGUCAUUCCGAUCAGACCGGAGACUUUCGACUGGAGUGGCGACGUACGAUCCGACCAAUUCUCGUAUCAACCCUCGCUGCUAAACGCGCCUGAUCUUCCUUCAUGGAUUCAUUACACGUACAGCAAAAGAGAUCACCAUGGUUUCCUGUACGGUGUCGCACCCAAGGAUCGGAAAUAUUUUCAGCUGGAGAUAGUUGGCCUGAACAAGCAUACCUACGAAACUAGGUAUAAGGUGUUGGACAUGAACGUCCUUGAAAAGGAAAACCUGACCAAGUACGAGGUGCAUUUAAAAAUCGAUAAUUUAAACGUGGAGGACAUGUUCGACCGCAACAGAACCGAAGUGCUUCUCGAUAUAUUUAGAAAGAGGUUGUGGAAAGACGCGGCCGACUUGUACGUGACUUUCCUCGCAUCCGCUAUCGAGCUCGGUGCUCGUCUACCUUUGAAGCCGAGCGAAGGUGAAGGAGUCGUCAUAAGGCUGGGCAGCUCGAUGCCAUUCUCGCAAGAGCUAAACGAAUUGCAGGAAGAAGUGAAACCUCUGUGGAAAUUACCAUCCUGUCCUCGGGAUUUUAAGCGCACCAGCGUCGAGAGGCUUUUCCGAGAGGCAGAGUUUGCGUUGGAUUGGUGCUCGUUCAGACUGGUCGAGCAGGAACAGCAGAGCUUGCAGCAAGAAAGCGCAAGACGAGGUCCGAGUUUGAACGUAUUAGAGUUGCCAGCUUCGGGCAUAUCUGAGCACACGGAGUGGCGUUGGGCUAGGUCAACCAAGGCUAGUAUUCCCACGAGAAGUUACUUCGAAGAAAUCGCCACUACGAUCUUCGUCCCAGCGAUCCUGCUUCUUGUCCUGGCUGCUCUGUUGAGCACGGUGCUCUGCCUCGAUCGCGAGAAAAUACAUGAUCCAGAGUCAGAACAGUAUUUCUACGAAUUGUUUAACAUCUUUCUUCAUAAAAAACAUAGAACCAGCAAGAAGAGAGAAACUUCGACAGGGGAUGGAGUUAGCAACAACAACAUACAAAUGGUCCAGUAUGCUGCCAUCGAAAGGGGUACAUUGAAAUCGCUUUCUGCUCAACCAAUCAGCCCUAAUGAUUCCUUGAUACCCAGUCCCAGAAUUUCCAACGAACGUUGCAAUCCAUACAUUCGACCAAAUCCACCGCCUUACACCGGACCAGGUAAUUUAGUGGGCCUUCGAACAGAUUUCUGACUACACGAGGAGCCAGCAAAAACGUGGUUUUGCUAAAUUAAUAACGAUUCAUAAUCGUGACUAUCUAAGAAGAAUCGCAAAAUCAUUUGAACUGGCUCCGUAUUGUCUGUUGCUUUGUAAUUUGAUAUGGGUAACAUGCGUUACAUAGAUUGGUUUAAGACUGGAUAGAUCUAAUGAAGAUACUCUUUUUAAAUUGCACGAAAAUCAUGAUAUCUUCUGUUGCACAGAGGGAUUUCAUUACUACAUCACAAAUUAGUAUGUAAAUUUAAUACUUAUUUAUUGGAAAACAAUGUGUAUGUAAUGUUUCUAUUUGAUAUUUAUAGUUAAAGUAUUAGCCAAUUCUCACGCUAGUCAUUUUAAGUACAACGGUGCUAUGAUGCAAUAUUAAUUAAUACAACGUGAAUUUUCAAACUAAA